AUGGACAACCAGAACCAGAACCAGAACCAGCUCAAGCUCAAGCUCAUCGGAGCUUAUACCCGCUACUCCAGCUGGACUGCUCGUGUAGCUGUUCUGCUGGACUACUACCGCAUCCCCCACGAGGCAGUACUGCUUUCUCUGCCAGAGUCCACCAAACUAUCGAAAUCCAAACUGGUGCCGGCUCUAGAAGUCCCCUCUCUCGGCCCCCAGUUCCAAAUAAACGACUCCCUCGCCAUAUGCGAAUACCUCGCUGAGGCGUUCCCUCAUCUGCCCCUCUGGCCCAGGGACGCUGCGUUGCGCGCCCAGGCUCGCACCGCAGUUGCACAGAUGCACUCUGGCCUCUGCACCGUGCUACGUGCUUCAUACCCCACCAAUUCCCUGGCAAAGUACACCGGUGCCAUACCUCUGUAUGACGGGGCGGCCAGAGAGGUGGAGAAUUGUCUGAAGCUCUGGGGUGAGAGCAGACGAUUCACGACUGCCAGGCUUGCCGAGCUCGGGCAGGAAGGUAAAGAUGAGGGCUUCUUGUUCGGAGAGUUCAGCAUUGCAGAUGCCUUCUUCUGGCCUGUCUUGUGGCGUUUCCGAACUUAUAAUCUGCCUCUCACCGGUGCUACGCCGGAAGCUCUUGAGUGGAUGAAGCGUAUGUGGUCCCAUCCGAAGAUCAAGGAGAUCGUUCAUGGGUAUUAUCUCCAGAAGGAACGCCCCGAGACUACCAUCCAGCACUAUGAUGAUAUCUUCAAGGGUAACCCUGAUAUCCAGUUUGGCUGGUUCCCCGAGAACUGGGAGUUUUCUGCAUAG